CUAUUAUAGUAUAUAGCAUAGACUUUUAUAGAUCUUUAUUCUUUAUGAUUAUAAUGAUUAUAUACUUUAGAGUAUAUUUGUUUCUUACGAUGUAACUACAUGCUAUUCUAAUCAAAACGUUAAAAUUAAAUUUAUAAAUUAAUUUACAAGUUUUAGUGUCGCUGUUAUUAUUAUUCUUUUAUAAUUUACUUUACCACACUAUGGACGUUAAUAAGUGGAAAAACGAUUUGUCAGCUUCUCAUAACUCCAAGGCUGAAAAUGCAGACAUUCAAAGUAAACUUAACUCAUGGUUUGAAGAAAAAGGGAUUAUUAACAAGCUACGAGCGCACAUAAGAGAACAGAUGAUCUCUGCACUAGAAGAUAAUCCUAUGUGGAACAUUAACCAAAGAAAUGUUAACUCCCCAAAGAUUCAGGCAAUCAACCUCUUAGUUGCUGAUUUUUUGAUAAAUCAAGAAAAUUUAUUCACAUUGUCUGUAUUCGCUACAGAAGUACCGUUAUUGGGAAAUUUACGUGAAUUCUCUUCUUAUGUAAAUCAGUUAGGCGAUAGUACUGAAAAAAUUGCAGUCACCAAGCCUAGUUUUCAAUUAAAUGAUGUUCAAGAUAUUUUAGAAGCAUUAGGCCUACAACCAAAUUCAGAUAUCAGCAAAUUGACAUGCCAAUACUAUUUUAAUGAAAAACAAGUUCAUUCAUUAUUAGCUUGCUUAUUCAAAUCUGUGACUAAUAUAAAAAAUAGUCUUAGUAAAUAUAAUGAAGUUCAAAUCGAUCAAAAUUGUGAAGAAAUAAACAAAUCUAAUAACAUAGAGAAUAAUACUUAUGAACAUAGAUUAAACAAUUGGUUUGUAAGUAUUGAGGAUAUUCUGUGCUCAUUCAAUUUAAACGAAGAACAGAAAAAUACUUUGAAAAUGUUAUUAAAAAAGUAUCAUAAAAAUUAUAAUACCCAAGAAGCUACUAUAUACAAAGAACAAUUAAAAAAACUAGAAAGACAAAACAAAGAAAUGGUUGAUAAAGUUGCUGAUGUAGAACAAAUACUUACUGCACAUUUUCAUUCUCGUAAUACUAAAUUUAUAUUUCAAAAAGAAGACAUAGAAUAUGCCACACAACAGCUCCGCUUAGAACAACAGCAACUUUAUCAAUUAAUAAAUGUAUUUGAAGAGAAAGAAAAGUCUAUGCAAGAAAAAUUAAGGAAGUCAGAAGAAGAGUAUAAUAAAAAUCUACAAUUUAUUGAAAAUCAAAAAUAUGAAUUAAGAUUAAAAGAAAUGGAGAUCUUGAAGCAUGAAAAAAUGUUAAAAAGUGAAUCACUAAAUUACAUAAAUGAAACCAAAAUUAGUGAAUGUAGUCAAGUUAAACUGCUGCAAGAACAAAAUUUUGAUUUGGCAAAACAAUUAAUGGAAAUAAAAUCUAAGCUUGAUGAACUUGAAGGAUACAAAAAAGCUGAGCAGACGUGUACAAAAAAAUUAAAUUAUAAUCUUCAAAAGAUUGACCCUCUGUCGGAUCAAGAAAUGGUGAAAAAAUUACAAAAAGACAAUGACGAAUUACGUGAUUUUAUAAAAGUCCAGCGACAAAGGAUUGAAGAAUUAUCAUACAGAGCAUCAAAUUUAGCAAAACAAAUUGAAAAAACUCAUCAAAUACCAUUAACUAAAAUAGAUUAUGAAAAUAGAAAUGUAAGAAAAAAACUAUGCUUUGUUGACAAUUCUAGUAAAAAAAAUAAUUUUAUCGCCCAAAACAUUUCUUCAACAACUACAGAUUAUUCAACAACUAUGUUAGAGUCAGAUAAUUUAACAGAAGAUGAUAUAAUACAAGAAGCUGAAUCAAGACUGAAGACUUUAGAAAUUAAUACAGCAAAAGUAGAACAAAACUUAAAAACUUUCCAAAUAAAUCGUUCUCGUCACAACAUAAAUUUUAAUAUAAUUAAAGAUACUAAAAAGUCACAAAACGAAAUUUAUUCAAAUUUUUCAGAUGACUCAUACUCAGACGCAUUGAAACAUAGUCGUAAUAAAGUUAAUUUAAAAGAACUUGCUAACAAGAUUGGGUAUCAUCGAUCAAUUAGGCGAUCUAUAAACCAUUCACAAUCUGAAAAUGAUACAAGCCCUGAAAUCUUACGAAAUACUAAAUUUCAGGAUUACAAGAGUUCUACAAAUGUUUCGCCAAUAAAAAUAUUGCCAUCCAGUAUUAAACAAAAUGCUUGCAUAGAAUCAUCUGUAAAUAAACCUAGUUCAAGAAUUGAGUCUUCAAUUAAUAAAUCUAAUUAUACUGAAGUUUCAACAAAUAUAUCUAAUAUAUCUAAUCAAUCAUCUAAAGAAAAUAAAUUGCAAAUUGAAUCAGAUAUAAAAAACACGCUUCUUGAGACUAAAAACAAUGUUCAGAAUAAUGAUAAUUUAGAUUUACAAUUGUUUAAACAUACAGAAAUAAUUGAUUCACCACAUAAGCAAUCAUCUAUACAGAAAGAUAGUUCAAAUGAAGCGAAUACUUUUUCAAACGGUAAAAAAUUUCAAGAAAGUGAUCACACAAUUUCAUUUGGUAGUAGUAAUAAAACUGAUAAAUCUUCAGACUUUUGGGCAUCGUAGAAAUCUUUUUUA